AUGACCCUCAGAAUCAUUAUCGUCGGCGCGGGAAUCGCCGGUCUCUGCUCUGCUAUUGCCCUUCGACGAGCUGGACACGUUGUGCAGAUAUUCGAAAAGUCCCACUUCAAAACCGAAAUAGGAGCUGCAGUUGCACUCGCACCAAAUGGCGUUCACGUCCUGGAGGAUAUUGGCUUCGACUUUGAGCGAGCCCGAGCAUGUCGAUUAGAGCUCUGGGCGGUAGUUGAUGGGCUCAGUCUCGACCGCAUUGCUAGUCAGAAUCUGGACGACAUCGGGAAUCUAGCUGGUGCUCAAUUUUGGACCAUCCACCGCGUGGAUCUGCAUAAGGAACUGCUAAAGCUGGCCUUGGAUGAGGAUACUGCAGAGCACUAUGGCCAUCACCCGGUGAAGAUUCACUAUGGCUCUUCUGUGCGUGCGGUUGACGCUAAGAAAGGCUGUGUAUUUCUUGAAGAUGACUCGAUUCAUCAAGCAGAUCUAAUAAUCGGUGCGGAUGGGAUAAACUCCACUGUUCGACAGUCUGUAGUCCCACGGUCAACAGACCCGAUCUCCACGGGAAUGAGUGCUUUUCGGUUUCUUAUUCCUUCCGAGGCGUUUCGGAAGAGCCCCAAUCUCGAAAGAGUGCUCCGGCAGAAGAAUGAUGGUUCUACGUUGCUUGUGGGUACCAAGAAUAUCAUGGAGGAGCGACAUAUGGUUUGGUAUAAAUGUCGGGGAGGCGAUGUGCAGAAUUUUGUUGGUAUACAUCCUACACGGAAUCAUCCUAGUGAAUCAGGCACCAUCGACUUCAAGUCGGAAAUGAUCGAGGAGUUUGGUCACUUCAAUCCAAUAGUAAAUGAGAUGAUCAAACUCGCGGAUGAUGUGAAAUGCUGGCCUUUGGUGAUCCAUGAACCACUAGAAAGUUGGGUUUUCAACAAGGUCUUGCUAAUUGGCGAUGCUGCUCAUGCCAUGCUCCCUUUCGGUGGACAAGGAGCCAACCAAGCAAUUGAAGAUGCAGGCGCGAUGGGGGUUCUUUUCAAAGAAAUGACUAGCAAGAAGGAACUUCCUACGAGACUUUCCAUUUUCGAAAUGGUGAGGAUUAAAAGAGCCUCGAGAGUACAGAUUUUAUCGCAAGUUAGGGUAGGAAAGGAGAAGGAGGUGGAAGGUAAACUGCGGCAAUAUAUGGAGCCCGAUAUGUCUGUUCCGAAUACAUUUGGGACUCGUCUUGCACAUGAUGCUGGGUAUAAUGUUCUGGAAGAAUGUGCAAAAGAGCUGGAGAAUACUACAAACCGAUAUAACAAGGAGUGA